AUGGCACCAUCAAUCGUGACCCCAGACCUACCAACGUCACCCGUGGCAGAUGGUAAGGUUCCGGCGGCUUUCAAUACCAAAAGCGCGAGAGACCUUCCUGAGACGUUGCGUUCACAUUUCGCUGACCACAUCAACGGAAAAACUACCGAUGGUCCGAAGUCGACUGGCGACCGAUUCGAGGAACAUUCAGUUCCAUUCAAUGACCAAUACGCCCUCAACCCUCGCAAGCUCCGUAUCAUCACGAUUGGCGCCGGCUUUUCUGGGCUUGUGCUUGCGCACAAAUUCCAACAUGCCUACCCUGAGCUUCAGGACUUUGUUGAUCAUACGAUCUUUGAAGGCCGAAGCGAUAUUGGAGGAACAUGGCUAGUCAACACAUACCCCGGUGUUCAGUGCGAUGUGCCAUCUCAUAUCUACGCCUUCCCAUUUGACCCCAACCCAGACUGGCCCCGCUUCUAUUCCAGCGGACCUGCGAUUCAAGAAUACAUCAAGACAACAGUGAAAAAGUGGAAUCUAGAUCGUGAUAUUCAGUUAGAAACUCAAGUGGUCGGUGCCUACUGGCAGGAAGAUUCUGGAAAAUGGAAGAUUACUGUGAAGCACGAUGGAGUGGAGCGUGAUGAGUAUUGUGACAUUUUAAUAUCGGGCCAAGGUAACUUGGUGAGCCCUGCCUGGCCAAAGAUCACCGGACUCUCCGAUUUCAAAGGUCAUGUUACGCACUCUGCACGAUGGGACCAUGACUUCGAUUACUCCAACAAGCGGAUAGCUGUCAUUGGCAAUGGGUCAUCGGGAAUCCAGAUUGUACCUCAAAUGACCAAACUUCCCGGUACGACGGUGCGCAACUUUAUUCGUGGUCCAGCUUGGGUCUAUUAUCGUGUCCCGCCCUCAAAACAUCUUGGGCGAGAAACUGAAGAUACCAACCCGGAAUUCCUCGAAGAAGAAAAAAAGAGCUUCCGUGAUCCCGUCCAACACAGAGAAUAUCGUAAAGGAAUUAUUCACCGUACUAACAAGGCAUUCCGCUUGUUCAUGAAAGGGGAGCCCAAUGAAACUACCGUGGCCCUCGCAUCAGCCCAAAUGGCCGAGAAGCUCAACCAUGACCCUGUGCUGUGUGAACAGCUGAUCCCCAAAUGGGAGAUCGGUUGCCGUCGAGUUACCCCAGGCCCUGGGUACCUGGAGUCGUUCUCAAAACCGAAUUGCAGUCUCACCUCCAGCCCAAUAACCAAAAUCACCGAGAAGGGUAUUGUCACUGCCGACGGGCAAGAAUUUGAGUGCGAUGUUUUGGUUUGUGCGACUGGCUUUGACGUUUCCAAGUGCCCUCAAUACCCUCUCGUUGGCCAGAAUGGAGUCAACCUCGCUCAGAAAUGGAAGGAUGAGCCCACAUCCUAUCUUUCAGUAGGAACCGAUGACUUCCCCAAUUACUUCACGAUGGCCGGUCCCAACUGCCUCUGCGGCCAUGGCUCCCUCGUGGAGGCCUUGAACUGGACAGGCGACUAUUUCGUGAAAAUGAUCAAGAAAAUUGCCACAGAAGACAUCAAAUACAUGGUCCCAAAAUCAUCCUCUGUCCACGCAUUUGGAAAAUAUCAAGAUGAAAUCCACAAGACAUUGGUGUGGUCCGGCUCUUGUCGCAGCUGGUACAAGAGAGGCACCGUGGACGGCCGAGUCACACAUCUUUUCGCAGGUAGUGCUAUUCUGUUCCGCCGUCUACUAGGCGAGAUCCGCUCGGAGCAUUAUGAUAUUGCUUACAACUCGGGGAAUCCGUUCCGCUUCCUAGGCAAUGGAUUCACUGAGUGGGAAAUGAAACCGGAUGCCGAUCUGGGAUGGUAUGUGAAGGUUGCCAAGUCAGGGCCUGAGGCCUAUACUGGCAACGAUAUGAGCUGGGUAGCGAAAUAG